AUGUCUGACAUCUUUCCUCCACAAUAUAUGAUACCCCCUGCCCCCAGCCUAUCCUACCCAGAACUGCGCUACAAUGACGCCGGCAAUGCGUUUGCAUGCAAUAAUGUCGGCGCUUGGGUGCCUCAUCCAGGAAUUUGCAAUGCUCUUACGUCUCAACGGUCUUUUCGCAUGGAGUCUGUUCUCGCAUCGUUAUGCGCCAGGUGCCAGGGUAACGACGUCAUCAAUCCUGUCCUCCUCCCCCUGCCUGACUCCGGCGAUUUGGACUUGACGGACGCCAUCACUAUCGCGGAGGCACGUGGCCACAUUCCUGCAGCCAAAACGGCAGAUGUCAAUGCUCUCCUCGACAUGGUGCAAGAUGAGCUCCCUCUUGGUCAGCAUGGGUGGCAGACUGUUCACCUCAAGUACUCCCAAUGGGCCAAGGUAAACCACCGGCCUUCACGCAAAAUUACUUCGCUUGAGACGAAGUACAAACAGUUAGUGAAGACCACGAAGCCGAUUGGAGAUGGUGUUUGCCCUCCACAAACAGACAGGUGGGUCAAGGGAGUGGUAAAAGAUGUAUUAUAUACGGGUGGGCCGACAGGAGACAUAUAUUGCAUAGAUGGGUAG